GUUUCAGUUGGAGAAUGCCCAGUCCAGCUUCACCCUUCUUCACUGGUGGUGAGAUAUGGAGAUUUAGCAUCAGCAAACUGCACCGUGUCUGAAGGUCACCUGGGGAUCGGCUGGGAGGCUUCAGAAGGAUCUGUAGAUAUGGUACAAGAUGUCCAGUUUGUGACCUGGAGAGUGGAGAACCUGACAGACUGGCAUAUUGAACCAAAGUGCUUUGGGAACUUCAAUAACACUGGAACAGAAGAAAUACACCAGUGUGUGGAAGCGCUCCAGGUCACUCUCUACAAGACUCCAGACAGUGUGUCCAUCAGCUCUGUGGAUCACACCGGCCCGAUGGUGGAGGGGAGACAGUACCAGCUCCAGUGUGAGGUCCAGAACAUCGCUCCUGUUCAGAACCUCACUGUGAAGUGGUACAGAGGGGAGAUAUUAGAGCGUGAAAGCUCCUUUAAUAACAUCACUAAGACACCUAUGAAUGUGUCCUCUACCCUCACAAUCACGCCCAGCAGAGCUGACGAUGGAGCUCAGUACAGCUGUGUGGCAGAGCUGGAACUGAGACCUGAAGGACCACAACCCCCCCCUGAAGUGAAGUCUGAGCCCCUCAAAAUCACUGUGCACUAUAAACCCUCGAUCACAAAGUGUCCAAACCAAGAGGAGCUGAGGGAGGGUGACUCUCUAGGUGCUCUCCUGUUUAUAACUGAGGGGAACCCCUCCCCCAGGGUCACAUGGUACAGAGACCAAUCAGAGGUCAACAGCUCCACACCCCUGACCAGGAAGGACUCAGGGCAGUACGUCCUCACAGCCAGAAACAGCCUGGGCAGCACCAACUGCACAUUCAGCCUCACAGUAGGGUAUGCACCUGAGCUUAGCUGUGAUUACAGCUAUGAGGUGACAGAGACGCAGAGCUAUACCCUCAACUGCACAGCUGAGGGGUACCCUGCACCUGAGGUCACCUGGAUGAAGCAGGGGGAGAAGGUGGAGCUCCCAGCACACCUGGGCAGGCAGCACGCAGGGCUGUACACCCUCAUAGCUAACAACACCUACGGAACAGUCAGCCACACACUGGAGAUUAAAGUUCUCUAUAAACCCUCGAUCACAAAGUGUCCAAACCAAGAGGAGCUGAGGGAGGGUGACUCUCUAGGUGCUCUCCUGUUUAUAACUGAGGGGAACCCCUCUCCCAGGGUCACAUGGUACAGAGACCAAUCAGAGGUCAACAGCUCCACACCCCUGACCAGGAAGGACUCAGGGCAGUACAUCCUCACAGCCAGAAACAGCCUGGGCAGCACCAACUGCACAUUCAGCCUCACAGUAGGGUGUACGUUUCAUCACACCUCCACCUUUGACCUUUGA